GUAGGAAGUUCUCGCGUUAGGGGAAGGUAGAGAUUUCCGCUUCCGGUGUCAUGGACGGUUCCUGGUCUGAAGGUGUGCCUGCCGCAGUCGGCGGGAAGAGGCAGCAGUUCGGGAGCCGGUUCCUGAGCGAUCCGGCGCGCGUCUUCCACCACAAUGCCUGGGACAACGUGAAGUGGUCGGAAGAGCAGGCCGCGGCGGCGGAGAGGAAAGUCCAGGAGAACAGUACCCAGCGGGUGUGCCAGGAGAAGCAAGUUGAUUAUGAGAUCAAUGCCCACAAAUACUGGAACGACUUCUACAAAAUCCAUGAAAAUGGGUUUUUCAAGGAUAGACAUUGGCUUUUUACUGAAUUCCCAGAGCUGGCACCUAGCCAAAACCAAAAGGAUUUGCUCUCAGAGAACAAGAGGAGUGAAGUACCUGAAUGUAGAAGUGAGGAUGGACCUGGUUUAACAACAGAACAGCAUGGAUGUUCUUCAGACAGCCUUGGUGGACAUAAAACACAGCUGCCUCCUGUGGAGGAGAAUGUAACUCAGACACUCAGUCACCUGGAAAUCUGUGCUGAUGAGUUUCCUGGAGCCUCAGCCACUUACCGAAUACUCGAGGUUGGUUGUGGUGUGGGAAACACAGUCUUUCCAAUUUUACAAACUAACAAUGACCCAAGACUCUUUGUUUACUGUUGUGAUUUUUCUUCCACAGCUGUAGAACUGGUCCAGACAAAUUCAGCAUAUGACCCUUCUCGGUGUUUUGCCUUUGUUCACGAUCUGUGUGAUGAAGAAAAGAGUUACCCAGUGCCCGGGAAUAGUCUUGAUGUCAUCAUCCUUAUAUUUGUUCUCUCGGCAAUUGUUCCAGACAAGAUGCAGAAGGCUAUCAACAGGCUGAGCAAGCUUCUGAAGCCUGGAGGGGUGAUGCUUCUGCGAGAUUAUGGCCGCUAUGACAUGGCUCAGCUUCGGUUUAAAAAAGGUCAGUGUCUGUCUGAAAAUUUCUAUGUGAGAGGUGAUGGCACCAGAGUUUACUUCUUCACACAAGGUAUGAAAGCCUCAUCUUUGUUUAUACUGACAGCCCCCACAACACCAGAUAAAUGUUGCUCAAGGUGCUUUCAGAGGAGAAAUCAUCUGACCCCUCCUACCUUUCGCAGCCUCUUCCCUUCCCCACCCCUCACCCCUACUCUCAGCCAACCUGAACCACUCACUGUUCUCCAGAUAAACUCAGCCUAUCCAAGCCUUCCGCUCCCCACUUUGCUCUUCUGCUCGCUCCCCAUCCUCUCUGUCACUUUAUCUAAAACAGGAAACCUGUCUAUUUUGCAAGACUCCACUGCAGCUGUUUCAGCCUCUAAGCUGAGUUGUACCUUAGGUGCACCUGAGAUAGCGUAAACUCAUUGCUCCCAUCAGCUGAGUCUUAGAGAAGCUCUCCCUGUGGAUUCCAGCCCUUCACACACGGUUGGCCUUCCCCUACCUAAAUGCUGUUACCAAGCUACUACUGCAUUUAUAACUGAACAGUGCUGUCCAAGCCACUUAAACCCUAUAGAUAAGGACAUAAUCUCAGAGCCCUGUUUAACAUCUAGAUGGUAGACACGGGAAAAUACGUAAACAUCUCUUUUCCAAACUAGAUGAACUGGACACGCUUUUCACUACUGCUGGACUGGAAAAGGUUCAGAACCUGGUGGAUCGCCGGUUGCAAGUGAAUCGGGGGAAACAACUGACAAUGUACCGAGUUUGGAUUCAAUGCAAAUAUCGCAAACCUGUUCUGUCC